CGUUUCGAUCACUACCGGAGGCGACAUGGCGAGCAGAGAGCUGUCAAGGAGUUUGUGGAGGGCCGUUGAGUGCCUGGGAACCCGAUCACGACCGCAAUGCGAACGGACGAUUCGGCGAGCUCAGAAGAGCGUCCAGCCCAGGAUUUCGCGAUGCAUCUCGACAACGGCUUCCCGAGCCGCUGAGGUCACAGAGGAAAGACAGGACCCGUUCUCAGCCGCACCGCCAAUCGAUUUCGACAAUGCGGAUGGAGCAUCAGGGGGCAAGAGCAGCAAGAACAUACUGCGGACACUGCGCGUCGUGCCAGCAUCGCCAUCCUACUUCAGCGCAAAGCCUACCUUCACAGACGAUUUCCUCUCCCUCUCGGCGCUGCUCCGAAAGGUUGCGACUCUCCCCACGAUAUCGCCCGCCGAAGCGCCCAAAGUCGCGUGGAAGACGAUUGACCAAUACCGCAUCAUGACCAACGAGCCCGUCAAGACACAGCGCUAUCACAAGAUGCUACACAUAUUACGGAGGCUGAACUGCAUCCAUCCGAAGUUGAUGCCCAAAGAGGUUUCGCAGGCGAUGCUGCGGUACAAGAAACCCAACCAACCUGGUGACAUAAAACCAAAGCCUGGGGUUAUAGACGAGCUCGGCCGGGCCAAGGGUGUUGGGCGGAGAAAGACCUCAUCAGCCGUUGCCUGGCUCGUGGAGGGCGAGGGUGAAGCCUUGAUCAAUGGCAAAUCCUUGUCGCAAUUCUUCGGACGGUUGCACCACCGCGAGAGCGCUGUGUGGGCAUUGAAGGCCACCAAUCGGCUAGACAAGUACAAUCUCUUUGGACUGUCCCAAGGCGGCGGCUUGACAGGUCAGGCAGAGGCCAUGACACUGGCUGUAGCAAAGGCAUUGCUGAUUCACGAACCGGCGUUGAAACCCGCCCUGCGACGAGCCGGUUGCGUGACUCGCGACCCGAGGAAGGUGGAAAGGAAGAAACCAGGCCAUGUCAAGGCCCGCAAGAUGCCUACCUGGGUCAAACGUUGA